AUGCCUUUCCAAAAGAUUCAAAAAUCCUCAGCUUAUCACUCAAGAUUCCAAACUCCUUUUAGAAGAAGACAGGAAGGUAAAACUGAUUAUUAUCAAAGAAAAAGAUUAGUUACUCAACACAAAGCUAAAUACAAUUCACCAAAAUAUAGAUUAGUUGUUAGAUUCACCAACAAAGAUAUCAUUGCUCAAAUUGUUUCAGCUCAAAUUACUGGUGAUGUUGUUUUAACUUGUGCUUAUGCUCAUGAAUUACCAAGAUAUGGUAUUAAACAUGGUUUAACCAAUUGGUCAGCUGCUUAUGCUGUUGGUUUAUUAGUUGCUAGAAGAGCAUUAAAAAAAUUAGGUUUAGAUGAAACUUAUAAAGGUGUUGAAGAAGUUGAAGGUGAAUUUGAAUUAACUGAAGCUGUUGAAGAUGGUCCAAGACCUUUCAAAGUCUUUUUAGAUAUUGGUUUACAAAGAACUACUACUGGUGCUAGAGUUUUCGGUGUCUUAAAAGGUGCUUCAGAUGGUGGUUUAUAUGUUCCACAUUCACCAAACAGAUUCCCAGGUUGGGAUAUUGAAGCUGAAGAAUUAGAUUCAGAAUUAUUAAGAAACUAUAUCUUUGGUGGUCAUGUUUCAGAUUAUAUGGAAGAAUUAUUAGAUGAUGAUGAAGAAAAAUAUAAACAAUUAUUUAAAAACUAUAUUGAAGACGAAAUUGAAUCAGGUGAUGUUGAAGAAAUUUAUGCUAAUGCUCAUGAACAAAUUAGAGAAGAUCCAGAAUUCAAACCAACUGAAAAGAAAUUCACUAAAGAGCAAUAUGCUGCUGAAUCAAAGAAAUAUAAACAAAAGAAAUUAACUAAAGAAGAAAGAAAAGCUAAAAUUGCUGAAAAAAUUGCUGAAUUUAAUCAAUUAGAAUAA